UCAUAUUGACAUAUUGAACCAACAGACAUGAAAGUGGUAUCACUCUUCUCAUCUAACAAAGCGAUUAACCAUACUUCCUUUAACAGACUGUAUGUUCUUCAAAAGGAGAAAUCCAAACACCAAGAAUGUGAUUAUGAAGAUAAAGUAAAGGACUAAAUUCCAAUUUCUCAUUCAUUCAACUUUUUGUUGCACGCCUCAAUGAUUUACAAGUCACACUGGAAAUAACUUGAAAUAUUAUACCACUGCGUAAAUAAGUCUUCUUGCAGGACUGAAAAAAGAAAAUAUUGAUUUGUGUGUGGUAACAUAUUCACUUUUAGAAAGUACAGAAGAAAGUAACCACUCACCAGUUGAUGAGCUGGUUUGUUUGCUUGGUUUUGUUUGCCCUUGCAACAUUUUGUCCUGACUCAUUUCUGGGAAUAAAUGUACUCAACAUUGUAUAAAUACCAGUCCGUAAUCAAAAACUGAGGGAAUUUUGCUGUGCCUUUCAGUGCUUUAAAGAUGAACUUGUGGAUACUCCUGACUUUCACUGCAGUAGCUGAAUGCGGAUACCAAAAAAGAGGCGCCCACUCGUGCCCAGAUCUGUGCUCCUGUUCCUUUCCACCUUCAGGUGCAGAGGUGGUGUGCAGCCAAAGGUCCCUCACACAUUUCCCUGUAAAUGGUUUACCCUCCAACACCACUCAACUAUCCAUCCAAUCCACCAACCUCAGCUGUAUUACAGCCAGUCAUUUGAGUGCUGUGCCCCUUUUAAACAACCUCCAGCUGUAUCACAACAACCUGACAAGUCUUCCUUCAGAUCUACUGAAGGAUGUUCCUCACUUGAACACCUUUGAUCUGACGGGUAAUCAGCUGGUUCAUCUUCCUCCAAAUGUCUUCAGCCACCCCUCACUUCAUAGUCUUGUGCUGAAGAAUAAUCUUAUUGAAAAGGCUUAUGCUGAGUGGUUUCCUGACAACAGUACCCUGACCUGGCUGGACUUGUCUGGAAACCUUUUAACAGGUGUGUCCGCUGCUCUGCUUAAGAAGCUACCCAAUCUGGAGAAUCUAGACUUGAGUGAUAACAAUCUGCAGGACCUAGAACCUGACGCCCUGAAGAACCUGCACCACCUGGAGUCACUGAAUCUUGCGGGGAACAAGUUAAGCUCCCUAAAACCUACAAUUUUCACCCACAACCUGAAACUAUCCCAACUGUUUUUUCAGGAGAAUCAGCUUCAAGAGCUACCAGCGACCCUCCUACAGGGUCUCCCAAAUCUUGAACUUCUACUGCUCAAUCAGAAUCAGCUGCAGCAAUUCCCGUCAGGGCUGCUGGAUGGGAGGAAAUCCUCUUUCCGCAUAAUCUUAACAGGAAACCCUUGGGUGUGCGAUGAGAAGAUGGAGUACCUGUGGAAGUGGCUCUCUGUCCAUCCUCAAAAUGCCGGCUUUUUGGAGGAAGUGACUUGUGCAGGGCCUGAAGCUCUUAAGCAUCGAAAAGUGGCUUCUUUAACUGAAAUUGAGCUUGGACUUCACGAGAUUCAAAAAGAGUGAUGAGGAGAUAGAUAUUUUGCCAGUACCCUGUAUAUUCCGCAAAAAGUUUAUGCCAAAUUAUAAAUCAUUCACAUAUAUUCCUAUGUAUCAAAGGCUGAAAUAAAACGUAGUUCUUUUAUCCAGCA